AUGGAACACCACGCCUCGUUGCCGACGUCUAUUGACGAGGUGGAGUCAAAUCUCCUGCGCUGGCUGGCCAGCUCUGCCGGCGACGUUGCGGCCGGAUUAUCGACCCAAAAGUUGUGGCAGGCCCUUGCUACCUUCUUCAUUCAUUUCCCAAUGCUGUGGCCGAACUGCGUCAAGAGUUUAUUGGUCUGCCUGCGGACCGGCCAUAGCGUAACGCAAGAGGAUGUCGAACGCGCACCAAGCGUCACCGAGAUCGUUGCCGGUCUUGACUGGCGGCUUCUACGCGUUGCUCUCGGAUUUAUAAACACCCUUGUCACGGAUGUCGGCAAGACUGACAUGCGGAUCCCAAAAUUCUCCCUCGUGCAUAACCGACUUCUCUACAAUGCGUCGGACGUUUCCGAGCUCAUUCAUGUUGGUUUGACGUCGACCGCGCAAGACUACGCCGCACUUAGAAGAGAGAGCAUCCAGUCCCUCCAGUCGUGGAUUCUCUACGCCCAGAGGGUACCGGCCGGCGGCGAUGUCCUUGUUGGCCCGCUUAGGAACCUGGUCAAUCCCACCAUCGCUUGUCUUCAGGACAAAGAACUCUACGAGGUAUCCGUCGAACUGCUGAUCGAUAUUCUCUCCAACUAUUCCAACUUCUUUACAGCAGAGCACUACGCUGCGAUCGCUCGUGUCUUUGAGAGCUCUUGGGGUGCCGAGAGCCUACAGCAGCUUCUCAAAGGUGACUUCGACUUUGAGCCGCUGCAAUACGGUCUUUUGCUGUUGGCGUUUGGCGAUGCAAGAGUCGAGACACUCAUGCAGAGCUCCGACGACCGGUCGCGGAAGAUCUUGGCGUCACUAUCCUCUCUUCUGACGGCCAAAGGCCACCCAGUGGCCGAGGAUUUCAUUUUUGUGCCUGCCCUCGAGUUUUGGGCGACGUACAUAGAGACAAUGUUGGACACAAUGUACUCCAGCGAAAACAAAUACGAGCCGUGGGUCGAAUCGGCGUUGGUUCUCGUCAAGGAAGUUGUAGGCCACUGUUGGGAGAAGAUUCAGUACCCGCCAGUGAAGGAGUUUAUGAGCUGGGAUUCAUCGGACCGCGCAGGAUUCAUCGAUGCACGGAAAGAUGUUGGCGACCUGCUCCAAACCGUCUUUACCGCCGCUGGCCGCGACCUCAUGGCCAUCUUCACGGACCUGCUCCUUCAUUCGAUCUCGGACAAGGCAUGGGCGCAAAUCGAAGCGACAGCAUUCUGCCUUGCGUCGCUCUCCGAUUGUGUGUCCGACGACGAAAGCUACGAUGACAUUCUGGACAGCAUCUUCUCAUCUUCACUUUUCGGUCUUCUCGCCCUCGGGGAGGAACAGCUGCCGGUGCGUUUGCGCCAGACGGCCCUGUCUCUGAUCGAGCGAUACUCCGAGUACUUUGAGCGCAAACCGAAUCACCUUCCGGCGGCCUUAAACCUCUUAUUUGAGGCUGUGGCAACGCCGACGCUCGCUCUACAAGCAUCCAAGUCGAUUGCGACGCUUUGUUCUUCUUGCCGGUCGCUGCUGACGUCCGAAGCCAACGCUUUUCUCCACCAGUACCAACUGCUCCACGACAACCCGCAGCUGGACUCGCUCGCGGAAGAACGGGUCGUGAACGCGAUCGCGGCGAUCAUCCAGGCCACGCCUGAUGAGCACGCACGUCUUCAGCUGUCGGAACAGCUCUUGUCGUAUAUCGUGCGCGACGUGGAGUUGUGCUUGCGAUUGAGUACCGAUGCCAAUGGCCUCGACAGCAAUACGCCGCUCAUGGGCAAGGCGAUCAAGCAGUGCCAGCAACAGCUGCAAGAAAGCCAGCCUGCGCCGUCGGUGAGCGAAGUGCUGCUGCAGGCCGUGCUGAUCCCGCUCCGCUGCCUCUUUGGUAUGGCCCGCGGCUUGCAGUCGGCCACGGAACACCACGUGGACCUGGACAGCGACGACAACGGCAACGGAACAAGCGCCGCGAAGACGACACUGGCUGCCGCUGAAAACAACACGCAGCUCCAGGCCCUGCAGUCCCACAUCAUGGCCAUGAUACUUUCCGUGCAGGCUGCAUUUCCACGGAGCAACGAGGUGAUUGACGUUAUCUGCAGUAUCUUUAAGGCCGGCUUUUCUGAGACGGAGCCUGGCCCCCUGGUGUUCCCCGCAGAGAUGGUGACGGAGAUGUUUGUGCAUCAAAACUUGCAGACACCUUACAUCGGCACCAUUGUGAACACGGCGCACUCGUUCGCCAGCUCGCUAGCAAAGCAUCCAUCGAAAGAAGGGGCAAACAAGAGCCUUGGGGUGCUUGUUCCGUGGAUUUUUGACCUCCUACAAGCGCUUCCGGAGCCGGACGCCGACACGGAGCUCACACAAAGGGGCAUUGAGUUCAUUGACCGAGUCAUGCAAAAGAAUGCGGCGGCUUUGUUGCAGGUCGAACCGUCGUCCCAGCUGGAGUUCUUUUUCAUGUUUACUUUGAAAGUGCUUGAUGGUCGUGAGCCGUUGCCAAAGGGAGCUUCGGCAGACUUUUGGACAACAUUCUUGACGCUGAGGCUGGACGACCCGUCUCUCAAGGCCAUCGUUAGCAACGCAAUGGAACACCUUGGGCCACUGCUGGCGCAAUCGCUGAUCAACAACAUUGGCGGCAACGCCUCGCGGAGCGAGCUCGACAAGCUGGGCGAGCCGCUGAAGAAGAUGGUGGUGCAGCACGUGCGGGCGAAUACGUGGCUCGAGCAUGCUCUCAUGAGCCCAUCAUUCCCGAGUGACAAGGUGACGGCCAGCGACAGGGCAUUUUUCCUCAAGAAGAUCAUCAGGUAA